AUGCAGCAUCUCGGAGGAGUCGUGCAGAACAUCUAUUCAUGUAGAACAAUGAUAAAUAACUGGGUUGAGGAACGGGCCUAUCGUGAUGAGGUGCUUGCAAAGUAUCUUGAUACUGCCUCCAGAGGGGACUUAAAGUCGGUCCAGGUCAUCAAGCAACUGGAAAACAUCUUGAAGCCUGUAGAGCUAGCUGAGGGUAAGGUUCUUUUCCCAAACGAUCGUGUUAUGAUUAUCAAUCACAAUACAAAGCCUUUUAUGUUGGCCUGCGACCCUAGAUAUGCGGUUAAAGAGUAUGAUCGAGGAAGUCGCGUUUCCUUCACAUCGGACAUUGCCCCCAUUCGAAGAUCCGUAUUUACUGUCACACGGGCACAAGACAGCGCAGUCAGUGACCAGGGCAUCCUUAAAUAUGGCAAGCGCCUCAAGUACCUUUUCAAGGACGAGGAGCUUGCUAAUUAUGAAACAAAGAUGUCCACUAUGUCUGCUAAUAAUAUGAUUGGGGAGGAUGCCCCUGUUCGUUACGGAGAGCGCGUCUACAUAACGUGCAACCAAGACAUGAUAGACGAGUCUGAUCGUUACAAGGGCUGCGGCCAGGUUGUUCUAGGGUGCGUUAGGACAGCAAAUACUUCUACUAUUCACACUGUCAUAGGAGACAUUAACUGUCUCCACAAGGAUGCAGAGUUCGUUAUUGAACCAUACCACACCAGUGUCAGACUGGAGAUGGAGGGCCACCCAGUGCUAGUAGAUCAGCCAGUCGUUAUACGGCACUGCUCUACUGGGCACUGCAUUGGUACAGGCGAUACAUUCAAGCCAUCUCCAACCGAUCUGGAAAAACCAGAGGUUCUUUGUCAGUGCAAGUCUGUCCUCAACCAGUAUAAACGUGAAGACGUGCCAAACCUGUGCACGAUCACCAUGGGACACGACGAGAUAGCUGACUGA